ACAGAUGGGAGGUAGAGCGUAGGAGUGCUUCACACCCCAAUCCUCAACCAACUUCACACUUUCUUGGCUACAGUUUCUUAGGCCUACUGUCUCAGGCAUCUUUGCAAUGCCAUCAAAUCUUCUUACACCUUUCCUUGAGCUGGAUGAGGAAUUUUGCAAGACUUUCCAAAGUCUUGAAGUACAGGAUGAUUCGAGACGCGCCGUCGGUUUCCAGCGCAGACAUUCCCUGUGCCCGGUCACACUUCCCAACUCCAAAUUCAACAUCGGUGGAGGAGUCAUAGACCCAACAGACGAGCUCUGGUCCCUCACAAGCAUUAACAACCAGCCAUGGAACCGGGAGCAGCUUCCGCGUUCUGCCCUACAGCGCAUCCCGUUCAGGGCUGACCGCUCCGUGAGCAUGAUCGAAGGACACGUGAGUGGUGAGUCCACCCUACCGCCUCCUCCGGGCCUGAGUAUCUCCCCACCAGGCCUGAGCGUCUCCCCGCCCUCCCCAAGAGCGACGCCGGUGCCUGCAGUGUCUGCGCGCUACAAAACCGAGCUCUGUCGCACGUACGAAGAGAGCGGAGCCUGCAAGUAUGGCGCCAAGUGCCAGUUUGCGCAUGGCGCAGAGGAGCUGCGCGGCCUGAACAGGCACCCGAAGUACAAAACCGAGCCGUGCCGCACCUUCCACACCGUGGGCUUUUGUCCGUACGGCGCGCGCUGUCACUUCAUCCACAACGCCGAUGAGCAGCAGCAACAUCGGCAGGCCACGAGCACCACUAGGGAGCGCCCGCGCCUGUUGCGCCAGAGCGUCAGCUUCGCUGGCUUUUCUUCCCGAGCUACCGUGGCUGCUUUCCAGGCCCUGCCAGACCCGCUCGCGUUCACCAGAGCGUCUUCUGUGUCUCCUCCACCAUCAUCUUCCUUUUCGUGCAGCCCUGAUCUCCCUUCUCCACCGCUGCUGCAAGAGCACGGAGCCCUGAAGCACGGCUUCGGGUUCACAGCAGACAUCGCUCUCAGCGACCGGAUCGCGGCUCUGCAGCGCAGCGCGUCCGCGGACUCGCUCUCUGAUCACGACGGCUACUCGAGCUCCGGUAGCCUAAGCGGCUGCGACUCGCCGGGUGUGGACGGAAACAGGCGACUGCCCAUCUUCAGCCGCCUGUCUGUCUCAGACGAUUAAUGAACGAUCUGUGCAUAUUGCAUAUUGGCUUUGAUUUGUUAUAGAAUUCCCUUUUUAUUUCUUUAUCUGAUUCAUCAAAAGUUUACACAGAAAAUGCCACAGUAUUGAAUUAACACCCAUUGCUUUGACAACCGCACAUUAGUUCAAAAGUUUCAAAAGUUCAUUUGCGACCUGAUCUGAACCCUGUAGGUGUUAAUCCAACACUGUGGCUUUUUUUACUGUGUGCCAAUGUAUACUGUUGUAUACCAGUUGAAACUGUACUGGGUAUUUCACUCUAGAUUCGCACACUUUUGGGGUCUCCUAGAUGCAAGGAAAUGUUCUGAGAACCUUUCUGUACCUGAUAUGUAUGGAACGGGUAAAGAUUUAAGCAGCAGUACAGAUGAGCAUGUUCCAUUACAUGCACACUUCUGUGCUUCAACCAAAGCUGAGCAUCUUUAGUCUAUAUUUAGCUGUAGGCCGAACCCUAACCUUGAACCCAGACAUGUACUGUAAACAAAGUGUAGCCUUUAGUGAAGGCAUUUUAUAAAUUGAUAGUUUUACAAAAGUAGGUUGAACUAGUUUCUUGUCUAAGAUUCUAUUUAUUGCCCAUUUUAUUCUUUUGUGAUUGCAUUUUGAUAUGUUUUAUGCAUUUUUACACAGUGAACACAUCUUUUGAGUUUGCUUUGUUUGAGCUACUUCCCAGCUUUAAAUGAAACCAGCAGUACAGACUCUGAAUGUAGAAAUCUCAGGAUCAUAAGUGAUAAAACCCCACCACUUCUUAUGCUUCUCUUGCGCUCACUGAGAUCAGUAUUUGGGCUCAAUCAUUACAAACAAAUGUAAGUGUGCAUCUGCGUGUGUGUGUAUGAGUGUGUGUGUAUGCGUGUGUAUGUAAGUGGCAGUGUGACAAUGUAUCAGGAAAAAAAGUGCUUCGCCAUCUUACGUCUCUUGCACUGUCAAUCUGUAUUAUAGAGACAAAAGAUAUAAUGUUCUUUGCAAUGUAUAGAUGUAGGAGAAAAGUGCAUUUCCUGACUUUGAUUAAAAGCUUACAAUGUAGAUCCUUUUGAAAAAGAAGAAAAAAACCUGCAAGUUCCUGUCUUAGCUGUCUGUGUAAGCUAUUGCCUUUUGUUAACUUAAACUUAUUUAUUUUUUUCUUUUUCCCAGUGCAAGAAAAAGACCGUAUAAUGUGCUAUGAUUUUGUAUUGUGUUUCAUAUAUAAUUUAAACGGACUGUUUACAUUCCUUGUGGUUGUUGCCAACUCUAUAAUAUAUUGUUGAUUGUUUUGAAAUAAACUUUCAGAAACUUUA